AUGAAGCCGUGGACAAGAGAGAAAAUUGGAGGAGGAAGAAACCGAAGGAAUCCUUUUAGGCCAUCACAAUUGCAGGAUCAUGCGGAAGGUUCGGGCCAACAAGAGCAAGAGAACCCAGGAGGAGAGAAUGUAGGAGGAGGGAAGGAAAUGGGAGGAGACAAUAUGAGAAGAGAGAACGAUGUUGGUUCUUCGAGAGGAUCUUACACCCCACAUGAAGAAGAGAUACCUGUCACCAUUACUCUCGGAGGAGACUCGCAAGUCUUAAACGUGCAGCCAAUUCAUACAAUCCGUCCAGAGCCGCAGGAACAAGGGGUUCGCAAAUUCGACAGGACGCGCAACCCGCCGGUUAAUUUUACCCCGCCCACUAUUCCUAGGAGACAGAAAAAAUAA